GUAGCCCAGGCAAAUUACGUUUAGUGCGCUCACUAGAUCAGAGUAUAUACUGAGACAUAACUGAAACUGAUAGAGCAUGACAAAGACAUAUAGACGCACUUUGCUUUUCUGUCUGAAAGCUGGACGGAGGGGAGCAAAUUUAACUUAAAUUAUUUCAGCUACAUAAUUCCUUAGCAAAGUCACAAUGGUAAACGGUGGAUAUCCAAAACAGAUUCAGUGUCAAGAUAGAAGGCGUGGACGUGGCAUGGACAGAGCAAUAUAUGGCUUAGUUCGUGAAGAAAACUGUGGAUUAUAUCGCAAAGUGAAAUACUUACAGUGAAGAAAAGGAGCUGACUGACGGGCAUGAGGAUAGCCUCUUGGGAAGAGAAUUUGGGUCAGCCCAAUCACUCUGUGCUGGAGAUGGAGGGGCCACCGGACCUGUCCAGCUCUCUCUUCAAUCUCAGCAGCAGUUAUGGGGGCACAGGGUCUUUCCUCUGGCUGUUUCCAUCGGAGAACGUCACAUGGACCACCAUGAGGCCCACAAUGCAGCCAGUUGCCCCCCCAAGGGUACGAGACCAAGCCUUGGCCCAGGCCGAGAUUGGGGUGCUGGGGCUGGUGCUUGCUCUCACCACUCUGGGUAAUGGAUUUGUGCUGUGGGUGUUGCUGCGUAGGAAGAAACAUCACGCUCCCAUGCACCUCUUCAUGGUCAAUCUGUGCGUGGCUGACCUGGUAGUGGCCUUCUUUCAGGUGCUGCCACAGUUGGUGUGGGACAUCACUGAGCACUUCCAGGGCCCUGACGCUCUGUGUCGCUCCGUCAAAUAUUUGCAGGUUGUCGGGAUGUUCGCAUCCUCCUAUAUGAUCGUGGCCAUGACUGUGGAUCGGCAUUAUGCCAUCUGCUGCCCCCUGCAGGCGUAUCGCGGGGGCGCGCCCUCUCGCUGGAACACCCCUAUCAUGGUUGCAUGGGGCCUGGCCCUUGUGCUCAGUUUACCACAGGUGUUUAUCUUCUCACGGUCAGAGGUGUCCCCUGGGGUGUUUGAAUGCUGGGGCCACUUUGCUGAGCCAUGGGGUCUUAAAGCAUACGUCACCUGGAUGACUGUGGCUGUGUUCGUAUUGCCAGCUUUAAUCAUCACUGUCUGUCAGGUUCGCAUCUUCAGAGAAAUCCAUGACAAUAUCUACCUGAAGUCAGAGCGGGUGGUGACGGCAGAAUUUAAGAGGAACUCUGUAUUCUUCCACUUUUCUCAGCGGGAGGGUGGCAGGGGAAGGAGCAGAGAGAGAAACAGACAGAGCAGACACACUCACCAUGGUGACAGCAAUUUCAGUCAAGCUCACUGCAGCCCCUCACUUCAUGCCAGAGAGGAAGAGUCCUCCUCAAGCCUAUAUGAUGACUACUCUCAGACUUUACCCUGCAGGAACUCUAUCUGUGAGCCCUGCUUUGGGCCCCUCCCCUCUUCAGACAGCUCCUCCCCUUCCAUCACAUCUCACCUGCAAAACACCUCCAACCAUCUCUCAGACCCCUCCCAUUCUCAGUCAUUAUCAGCCAAUAGCGUCUGUGGAUUGGCUGGACACCCAAACAGCUCUGCAACUUCUGAACUGUGGCCAGAUGUGCUUCCAGAUGCUUUUCCCCUUCCGACCGAGUACUCACACCCGCCACCUCUCCCAGGUGUGACCAAGGCCAUGUCUAAGACAGUGAGGAUGACUCUUGUUAUUGUGCUGGUCUACACCAUCUGCUGGUCUCCCUUCUUUAUUGUUCAGUUAUGGGCAGCCUGGGACCCCAACCCACCGAACCAAGGGGCUGCUUUCACUAUCCUGAUGCUACUAGCCAGUCUAAACUCCUGCACUAACCCGUGGAUCUACACGGCCUUCUCCAGCAGUGUGUCCCGUGAGCUGCUCGCACUGCUGCGAUGCCAAAUCGGAUCCCCACGUCGAGGUUCCCUGCCGGACGACUCCACCACAACUCACACGUCCACCAACACCAAGGACUCCAUAUACUGACCUCUGGCCUGACUCUACUACACACGCACACACCAGCACAUGGCAAACACACCACUGAUGUGAUGGGCUUGACCCUGUUCCAAAUGCCACUCUUUGCCCACAUUUCUGUGACAUAAUGGCGCAUAAACUGUCAGGUAGUAAGGCUAAAUGGCACAUUUGAGCAGCUUUUUAGCAUUAUAAAAUGACAAAUGAGACACCCUAUGGUCUCAUGAACUUCACAGGCAUGCGCCAACUCCACAAAUGUGCAAAAAGUGCACCGUUUGAUACAGGACUGGGGUAUUGUCCACAUAUGUUCUAGUGUGCAAGCUCUUGGUCACAGGACUUUACAUUCAGGUACAUGCCGGUUACACAAUAUGAACAGCAGAUACUGUUCCAUUAAUAACAACUUGCAUCAGUUUGAAAGACAAAACCACAUUGCCAUGCCCAGUGCUUUUUAAAGACAGCUGUCCAUUCAGUCACAUGAAAGCAGACUGGAGUGAUGAAUCAAGAGGAAGAGGAGGGGGAUGUGUUAGGAAGCGAAGGAUCGGAGGUCCUCCAUUGUUCUCCAUCUCGGUUCAACAUCAACCGAGUGUUUUCAUAGAUUAGCAUCACAGGAUUAUAUCAGACUUCACAGUACAAAGUAAGUGUGGAAAAUGCAAUAGUGGGAAGAGAAAAAAGGCUUGUGAACAAACAGAUUGGACAAAAGAUUAUCUGGAUGUACGCUACACAAGACCAGCGGCAAGAUGCUGCAAAUUGGAGCGUCAGAAGUUUAGGGGAACAUUUCCACCACCAGCAAGAACGUUACGAAAAUAUCAGCCUAUGAUUGUGGGAAUCAAACACAGUGGCAGCUUAGUGACUUACUGAAUCAUAUAUCAAAUCUAAAGUGUUCAAAAGAAUCUACAUUUGACCAACGCUGGACACAAAAGCUGAAUGAAAUCUCAUUUUCUGUGUUGGUCAUUUUAGUGGUUUAAUAUAUCAAAACAAAGAAAUACCACAUUGUUUAGAAGCUGUUGAUUGUGUAAUGCAUUUCAGUCCAAAACUACAUAACCUCACUGUCCUGAGAAAUCCUUGUAAAAGCAUUGAAGAAAAAAAAACCUUUUUAUUUUUUUUUAUUUUUGAAUGCUUUGGGUGAGAAAUAACUUUUUAGAGGAAACAGGGUAAUGGUAAAUGAACAGCAAUAUAUAGGUUGUAGGCAACAUUUCGAGGGCAACUGCUACAGUUGAAAUCUCUACAUUAUGUACAUAUGUAAAAACGAAUCACACCAAUUUCAGUUUCACCCACACGUUUGUCACUCUUUUUAGCUCUACCUCUGGUCUUUGUUUGAUUUUGUGUUAAAAAUGAUAUAUUUUUUUCUCAUUUGGAAACAGGGGACCAUUCACAUGCUUCAGAGUAACUUAUUUGUACAGAAAAUAUUAACAUUAUAAUAAAGAAGCGUAGAUGGAUUAAAGGAUUAGUUCACUUUCAAAUGAAAAUUACCCCAAGCUUUACUCACCCUCAAGCCAUCCUAGGUGCAUAUGACUUUCUUCUUUCUGAUGAACACAAAUGGAGAAAUAUUAAUAAAUAUCCUGACGCAUCCGAGCUUUAAAGCUAAUGGCAGGGAGCGAGGAUCAACGAGUAUGAGCUGAAGAAAGUGUCUCCAUCCACAUCCAUCCAUCAUAAGCAUAUUCCACAUGGCUCCGGGGGGGUCAAUAAAGGCCUUCGGAAGUGAAGCGUUUCUGUAAAAAAAAAAUAUCCAUAUUUAACAAGUUAUGAUGUCAAAUAUCUUGCUUCCGCCAGACCACCUUCCCUACUCAAGUUAUGAAGAAAGUGUAAGCAAGCGUUGCUUUAGUUUUUUCCGUAAGCUGAAGUUGAACUGUGAGAGUUUUACACUUUCUUCGAUAGUAGAAUAUGGAAGGUGAUCUGAUGGAUAUUUUACUUCAUAACUUGCCUUUAUUAACCCCCGGAGCCGUGUGGAGUACACGUUUAUGAUGGAUGGAUGUGGAUGGAGGCACUUUCUUCAGCUCAUACUCGUUGAUCCCGCUCACUGCCAUUAUAAAUCUCGGAUUCAUCAGGAUAUUUAUUAAUAUUUCUCCGAAUGAGUUCAUCAGAAAAAAGAAAGUCAUAUACACCUAGGAUGGCUUGAGGGUGAGUAAAGCUUGGGCUAAUUUUCAUUUGAAAGUGAACUAAUCCUUUAAGAAAGAAAUACUACACUGCAAAUUAAGCGCCUUAUUAUAAAAAAAGUAUUAUAUACACAUGUACAUGUAUGUUUGUAACGCACAGAUUCUUGAGGUACUUGGUUAAUGCAAUUAGGAAUUCAGUAGUAUUGUGGUAGUUCUAGAAAUAGUUGAAUCUCACACUUUGAGUGCUAAUCUCACCCCUGCAAGUUAUUAUUAGAAACACAUUUUAAAGCGUUUCAGAAUUGAUUCUGAAAGUCCAAAGCAGUCUAUAUAGCUUAAGAAAAGAGGAACUUCCAUUUUAGGAACACUUUUUGGUAGUUUUCAAAUAUAUUGGCCAAAAUAUAUUAGCCAAUCACGUUUUGUGCUUGAUGACAAAAGGAUUGAAAUCGGAAAUGUAUUAAUAUUUUCCCCAGAAAGGAAUUGGUAACAAAUCACAUAAUUUCCAUAAACAAUCACUUUUGAUUGGUACAAAUGUGCUGUUUCUCUCCUUGAUAUAUAUUGUCUAACAGUAUAUCAAUGACCUUGAUUAACUGUAAACUACUAACCAUUAGAUAUUAGUAAGAAUAGUAAUCAUAUUGGAAAAAUUCUGAGAAAACUAACAGCUAGUGACCUUUUUGUUAUCCUCAAUGCAUAAUGAUGAAUAAUCAUUAAAUCACAUAUUUGAUACACAAGAUGUGCAGUACCUAAAAUAUGAUUGACAAUGUAAUAAAUUAUUUUUAUAUUA